AUGACUUCCAAUCCGUUCGCACCUAAAUCUCCUAGCAUUGGUGGUUUCAAUUUUGGAAGCUCAACUACUCCUACAUUUAGUUCUUCUCCUUUCACCGCAUCAACUUCAUCUGGCCUUUUUGGAUCAAAAUCAUUACCAACAUCAUCAAAUGCUCCUGUAUUUGGAGCUGGUGGAGCAUUUGGAGCAUCAAACAACCCUUUAUUUGGUUCCUCAAGCACUCCUAUGUUUGGUACCUCAAGCACUCCAACAUUCGGCACCUUAAGCACUCCUGUGUUCGGCACCUCAAGCACUCAUGCGUUCGGCGCCUCAAGCACUCCUCCUUUUGGGGUGUCAAGUACCCCUUCCUUCAGCUUUGGGUCCUUUCCAGCUUUUGGCCAAUCGGCUUAUGCAUUUGGUAGCACCCCAUUUGGUACCACAACUUCUCAUUUUGGAGCCCAGAGCUCUCAAUUUGGAGCUCAGUCCACAACAGCAUUUGGUAGCACUGGCUUUGGGCAAGCACCGUUUGGGACUCAACAUGGGGGAAGUAGAGUAGCUCCUUACACGCCAACAACUGAAGAUGAUUGUGGUACCCAAGCUACUGGGAAGUUAGAGUCCAUAUCAGCCAUGCCUGUCUACAAAGAUAAAAGCCAUGAUGAGCUGAGAUGGGAGGACUAUCAAUUGGAAGAUAAAAAUGGACUGCUUCCUGCCAGUCAGCCUACUGGUGGGGUAGGAUUUAGUUCGACUACUACAAGUUCAAAUAUUCUUGGUCCUUCUGCAACAUUUGGCCAUUCAUCUCCUAUACAAAAAGUAAAAACAUUUGGCCAAUCAUCUGCAAGUCAUUUCUCUGCCUCAAUGACUUCCAAUCCUGCAUCAACUUCAUCUGGCCUUUUUGGAUCAAGAUCAUUACCAACAUCAUCAAAUGCUCUUGUAUUUGGAUCUGGUGGAGCAUUUGGAGCAUCAAGCAGCCCUUUAUUUGGUUCCUCAAGCACUCCUAUGUUUGGUACCUCAAGCACUUCAGCAUUCGGCACCUUAAGCACUCCUGCAUUCGGCACCUUAAGCACUCCUGCUUUUGGGGCAUCAAGUACCACCUCCUUUAGCUUUGGGUCCUCUCCAGCUUUUGGUCAAUCAGCUUCUGCAUUUGGUAGUACCCUAUUUGGUACCACAACUACUCCUUUUGCAGCCCAGAGCUCUCCAUUUGGAGCCCAAUCCACAACACCAACAUUUGGCAACUCUGAUUUUGGGCAGGCACCUUUUGGGACUCAACGUGGGGGAAGUAGAGUAGCUCCUUACAUGCCAACAACUGAAGCUGAUAGUGGUACCCAGGCUACUAGGAAGUUAGAGUCCAUAACUGCCAUGUAUGUCUACAAAGAUAAAAACCACAAGGAGCUGAGAUGGGAGGACUAUCAAUUGGAAGAUAAAGAUGGACUGCUUCCUGCCAGUCUGCUUGCUAGUGGGAUAGGAUUUAGUUCGACUACUACAAGUUCAAAUAUUCUUGGUCCUUCUACAACAUUUGGCCAAUCAUCUGCGAGUCCUUUUUCUGCCUCAAUGACUUCCAAUCCUUUCGCACCUAAAUCUCCUAGCAUUGGUGAUUUGGAUUUUGGAAGCUCAACUACUCCUACAUUUAGUUCUUCAACUUUCAGCACAUCAACUUCAUCUGGCCUUUUUGGAUCAACAUCAUUACCAACAUCAUCA